AGAGAGAGAGAGAUGUCAGGGUGGGACGAAGGAGCGGUGUACUACAGCGACCAAGCGCAGUCGCUCGGCGGCGACGGCGACGAUCUCGGAAGCAACGCCGCCGGGGCGAGCCGCCACACAGUCCUCCAGAAAUUCAAGGAGUUCCUCCGAAACUUCGAGACCCAGUCAAGCACGAAUGUCUUCCCUUACAGAGAGAGCCUCCUCCAAAACCCUAAGCACCUCGUCGUCGACAUGGAGGACCUCGGCGACUUCGACUCCGAUCUCCCCGCCAAGCUCCGAUCCGCCCCCGCCGAUUACUUGCCCCUGUUUGAGAACGCCGCCGGACAGGUUUUGGCGAAUCUGAAGACGAAAGUGGCCGGAAGCGAUGGGCUAAUGGAGGAGCCGGUGCCCGAGGAUGUUCAGAUUUUGUUGACCUCCAGAGAAGAUACAACUUCCAUGCGCAAGCUUGGGGCGCAAAGUAUAUCAAAGCUUAUUAAGAUAUCUGGGAUCACGAUAGCUGCAUCGAGGGUCAAGGCAAAGGCGACUUAUGUGAUUGUGAUGUGUAAGAACUGUAAAAAUGUGCAAAGGGUUCCUUGCAGACCGGGCCUCGGUGGCGCAAUUGUCCCUCGCACGUGUAGCCAUAUUCCUCAGCCUGGUGAAGAACCUUGUCCACUUGAUCCAUGGGUUGUGGUUCCUGAUAAGAGCAAGUACGUUGAUCAGCAGACCUUAAAAUUGCAAGAGAAUCCGGAGGAUGUGCCUACUGGGGAGCUUCCAAGAAAUAUGCUUCUCUCUGUGGACCGCCAUCUUGUUCAGACAAUUGUUCCCGGCACAAGAUUAACAAUCAUGGGGAUUUAUAGUAUCUAUCAAGCUUCCAAUUCUUCAACCAACCACAAAGGAGCAGUUGCUGUUAGACAACCGUACAUCAGAGUAGUAGGAAUUGAAGAAGCAAAUGAUGCCAACUCAAGAGGUCCCGCUGUUUUCACAGCUGAAGAGAUAGAAGAGUUUAAAAAAUUUGCUGCAGAACCUGAUGUGUAUAAAAGCAUAUGCUCAAAAAUUGCCCCUUCUAUCUUUGGUCACGAUGAUGUAAAGAAGGCUGUGGCUUGUCUUCUUUUUGGAGGAUCUAGAAAGCAUUUGCCCGAUGGUGUGAAGCUAAGAGGUGAUAUCAAUGUCUUACUUUUAGGGGAUCCAUCAACAGCUAAAUCACAGUUUCUCAAGUUUGUUGAGAAGACAGCUCCUAUUGCCGUUUAUACUUCUGGGAAAGGUUCAUCAGCGGCCGGUCUUACAGCUUCUGUGAUCAGAGAUAACAGCUCUCGAGAGUUUUAUCUUGAAGGAGGAGCCAUGGUUUUGGCGGAUGGAGGUGUUGUCUGUAUUGAUGAGUUCGACAAAAUGAGACCAGAGGAUAGGGUUGCUAUUCAUGAAGCCAUGGAGCAGCAAACCAUAUCCAUUGCCAAAGCAGGAAUAACAACAGUUCUUAAUUCUAGAACUUCUGUUCUUGCAGCUGCUAACCCACCAUCUGGACGUUAUGAUGAUCUUAAGACUGCACAGGAUAACAUAGAUCUGCAGACAACUAUUCUUUCUAGAUUUGAUAUGAUAUUCAUUGUUAAAGACAUCAGGAUGUACAGUCAGGACAAGAUUAUAGCAAGUCAUGUAAUAAAGGUUCAUGCAUCAGCUGGGGCAGCAGUGGGUGACAAGAGAGAGCUUUCCAAGGAGAAAGAAGAGAAUUGGCUGAAGAGGUACCUACAAUACUGUCGAACUGAGUGUCAUCCCCGUUUGUCAGAGUCUGCAUCCAAAUCACUGCAGAACCAUUACGUCAAAAUCAGACAGGACAUGAGACAGCAGGCAAAUGAAACUGGAGAGGCUGCUGCAAUACCGAUCACUGUCAGGCAGCUGGAAGCUAUAGUUAGAUUGAGCGAGUCGCUUGCAAAAAUGAAACUGUCCCAUGUUGCUACAGAGGAUAAUGUCGCUGAAGCAGUAAGACUAUUUACCGUAUCCACAAUGGAUGCAGCAAGAUCUGGAAUUUAUCAACAAGUCAAUAUUAGUCCCGAGAUGGCAAACGAAAUUAAGCAAGCUGAAUCUCAUAUCAAGAGAAGAGUAGGCAUUGGGAACCACAUUUCGGAGAGAAAGCUAGUUGACGAGCUCACAAGAAUGGGGAUGAACGAGUCAAUUGUGAGAAGAGCUCUUAUAAUUAUGCACCAGAGAGAUGAAGUUGAAUACAAGGGAGAAAGACGCCUGAUUCUACGUAAAUCAUAAAAAGUCCUUGUAAUGUUUCUUGAACACUUU